CGCUGGAGGAGUGAAUUUACAGCGCGUUCAGUUUUCAAGUCGGUGCGGAACAUUCACUGCAUAUAUAUUUACACAAAAUAUAACGACUUCGGAUGAAAAAUAACAAUAAAGCGACUACUUGAAAGGAAUACAUAAGGAAUUACUUUUGGGACUCGGGAGCAGAAAUACACCUGAGCUCACACACACACACACACACAGAGGCUCUCGUGAGGGUCGUCAAGUGUUUGCGCGAGCGCUCAGAAAGGAAGAUGCUGAGGUGAUGCUAAAUGCUAGAGUUUCUUUUUUGCUAUAAAAGGUAACUUAAAAAAAAGAUAUAAUAUUUGAAAUAGUAUUAAUUCUGUUCUGUAGGCUACAGCUAAAAAAAAAAAAAAAAAGAGUCGUGUGAACAAAGUAGCUAACUCACAGGUCGUGUUUUUUUCUGGACACGGAAUUCUCCUGACCACCAUGACGAGUAGCUUAAAGACAAAUUAAACACAUUUUUAAGGAAAUUUUAAGUUUUCAGUGCAAAUAUGAGCUGUUUCUGCUCCACUCAAGAGGAAUUCUACUGCGAGGUGUUGCUUCUGGAUGAGACCAAGCUCAUUUUAACCACCCAGCAUCAGGGCAUUAAGAAAUCCACCAAGGGCUCUGUGGUGCUGGAUUAUGUGUUCAGCCACGUCAACCUCUUAGAAAGCGACUACUUCGGCCUGCGCUACUGCGACCGCAGCCAUCAGACAUAUUGGCUAGAUCCGACAAAAACCCUGGCAGAACAUAAAGAUCUUAUAGCAACCGGCCCGCCAUACACACUGUAUUUCGGCGUUAAAUUUUAUGCCGAGGAUCCCUGUAAACUAAAGGAGGAAAUUACAAGGUACCAAUUCUUCCUUCAGAUAAAGCAGGAUGUGCUGCAAGGAAGACUUCCAUGUCCCUUCAAUGUCAGUGCACAGAUGGCAGCUCUGGUGAUUCAAUCUGAGCUCGGAGAUUAUGACCCGUACAAGCACAUGCCAGGCUACGUGUCAGAGUAUCGCUUUGUUCCAGACCAGAAAGAAGACUUGGAGGAUGCUAUUGAGCAGAUUCACAAAACACUAAUGGGUCAGACGCCUUCCGAAGCCGAGAUGAAUUAUUUAAGCAUGGCUAAGACACUGGAGAUGUAUGGGGUGGACCUUCAUCCUGUGUUUGGGGAAAAGCAGUCCGAAUACUUCCUGGGGUUGACACCAGUUGGAGUUGUAGUUUACAAAAAUAAAACGCAAGUUGGGAAGUAUUUCUGGCCAAGAAUUACAAAAGUAUUUUUCAAAGAAACACAGUUUGAGCUGCGCGUUCUGGGGAAAGAUUGCAAUGAGACAUCAUUCUUCUUCGAAGCUCCCAGCAAGGUGUCAUGUAAAAACCUUUGGAAGUGUUGUGUGGAACAUCACACCUUCUUCAGAAUGCCGGAAAAUGAAGUCAACACACUGUCAAGCAAGCUGUCCAAAUUCAGCUCUCUGGGCUCCAAACAUCGUUACAGUGGGAAGACCGCCAUGCAGAUGGGAAAAGAUCAGUGUGUGGGUUUGCCCAGGCCGAAUCUGGAGGUGGUGCGCACACGCAGUAAAACUUACCCAAAGAGGAGCACUCAGCCCACAAGCUUGAACAAUGGGAGCCGAUCAGUCACAAAGGCAGGAAAUUCCCUGGGUGAAGGCCAGGCUAAAGCCAGCACACUCCCACCAGCCAAGAGCCCCAAAGUGUCCAAGACAGAGAGCAUUUCCGAGGAUCAGCCAAGCAAGCACAUGGCCCCCUGGGACGAGAAUGCACCACAGAGCGGGCUGUACAACUCGGCCAGCGAGCGAAACAAAUCUCCCAAAUUCCCGAACACACGCAGACGUUCGCCCUCAGGAGGCAGCGAGAACGAGGUUAUGAACUCCUCGAAGCACAGGAAAGGCCAGAGCAGUGAGGAUCCAUCCAGCAAACAGCACCGGAGAAGGUCACGUUCCCGAGGCAACACAAGCAGCGGCAGUGAGUCAGAGAAUUCCAACAGAGAGCAUCGUAAAAAGAGGAACCGGUCCCGGCAGGAGAACGAGAUGGUAGAUUCCGGCCCGCAGUGGGAGGCUGUGCUUCGCAGGCAAAAGGAGAAAAACCCGAAUGACCCCAACCAUCGCCGCUCGCGCCAUCGCUCUAGAUCGAGAAGUCCAGAUGUUCAGGCGAAAGAGCAGCUGUGGAAGCAUAUACAGAAGGAGUUGGUGGAUCCAUCCGGUCUGACAGAGGAACAGCUGAAGGAGAUUCCGUAUAAGAAAGUAGAAACUCAAGGUGACCCGAUCCGUAUCCGGCACUCUCACUCUCCCCGGAGCUACCGACAGUACCGGCGCUCACACUGCUCCGAUGGAGAGAGGUCUGUCCUCUCAGAGGUCAACUCUCGGACUGAUCUGGUGCCUCCACUUCCUGUUACGCGCACUGUAGACAUGACAGGGUCCUGUACUGCCACCUCACAGAAGAAGAAUGGAUCCAAAGACAACCUUUCAGAGAGCUCUGGACAAGAGACAAAAAGCAGCAUCAAGGCGGCGAAAACCUCACACAGCGCCCGGACGAAAAACGAGACGUGACCGCUUUCACGAUUUUCACCAUGAAAGGUUAGGAGAGGUAAUGGACAAUAUACUGAGACCUGGAAGUAUUCAACACUAAUAGAUGGAAAUUUCAGACAGACAUGGCACAAGCUUGUCUGAUAAAUAAGUUAGUGUUAAUUUAAAAAAAAAAGGCAUUUUGUACUUUUAUUAACAGAACGAACAUGAUCAUUACAAGCACACAAGUGUUUUAAAAACCACUCAUUCUAUUCUGACAAUCAAGUGAAGGAUAAUGCAUCAUUUAUAUAGUGAACAUGGCACAGGCUUUAAGGUGUUACAGUGAACACUGAUUUUGACAUUUUAUACAGUAUUAAAUAUUCUUGAACUCGUUAUCGUACAUGUGGAUAUUAUCAGGCAAAGAAACUGUAUUUGUGUCCUCCGAUGAUAGACUAAAUUCUGUAGGAAAUUGUUGCUGCUGUAACUCUUUGUAUUGUCUUUCUCUGCUGUUAGGAAAUACACUGUACAUGUUUAACUGUAGCUGAGUGGAGACUCAAUAAAAUAAAUUCUACUCAA